AUGUCCCCCUCGGCCUCUCUGGCUCCUGUGACUGAGUGCCCGUUACCUCCAGCCUCCACCUUGUCACCAGGACCGACCACCUGCUCUGUCCCCCUUCAUUCCCACUCACCCCUGAGUGCCUCUCAGACACCAGAGCCUUUUCUAUUGCUGGAUGACCUUUCACCCCAGCCACUUGCACUUAACCUGUUCCCCUUCACUUCCCCCUGA